CACUUUCAUUCAAAAAUAGUGCUAAUUAUUUGUAUGGUACGUUAUUUAAAAUUAUAAGUUGUGAAUUUAGUAGAAUGUUUACUUCUAAAACUUUAAUGAAUGGGCGACACUAGGAAUUUAUAAAAGUAGGCGAUGGUUAUACGAGCUUUAUGAUGAAAGAUCAUAUAAUAGUAGUGUUAUAUUUAGAGAUUAUGUAAAAACAUAUUCUAAAAUAUUUAAAAAAGUGUGCUCCACUGCUAAGGCUUUACACUCAAGCAACAAAAUUAAAACUGCAUCCGACAAAAUUAAAACGACCUGGAGAAUAAUAAAUAGUGAAACAGGCAAGGUCAAACCGCGCAACUCGGAUUUUCAACUGAAUAUUAACAAUAAUUUAACGCGAUCUGAUCAAGAAGUUGCUAUGGCUUUUGAGAACCAUUUUACUGAUCUUCCUAUUUUGAAAACAAUCAUUAAACUCUUCUCCUACUGUCGCCGAGUCAUUGCUCAAACAAAAUGUAAAGGCUUGUUCAAAUACUUUUAAAUUCCAUAGAGUACUGCUAAAAGAUAUCGUUAAAUAUUUUAAAACUAUUGAUGUUAAGAAAACGGCAGACUUAUGGGGGAUUUCCGUUAAAGUUAUUUUAUCUAUAAUAGAUACAUUAGCACCUUAUCUAGCCACUAUAUUUAAUACAAGCGUCGAAUCUGGUGUGUUUCCUGAUUUAAUGAAACAUAGUAAAGUCAUACCUUUAUUUAAAUCUGGUAGUACAUUAGACCCCGCCAAUUUUAGACCAAUUUCUGUACUACCAAAAUCUAGUAAAAUUUUUGAAAAAAUAAUUUUAGAUUAGAUGUUAAGUUUCUUUAAUAUUAAUAAAUUGCUACAUAGAAAUCAAUUCGGUUUUACAAGGGGUCGCUCGACAACUGACGCUGGAGUUGAGCUUAUUAAACAUAUUUUUUGUGCAUGGGAGAAUUCAGAGGAUGCUUUGGGUAUAUUUUGUGACCUUUCCAAGGCCUUCGACUGUGUUCACCAUGAGACAUUAAUCAGGAAGCUACAGUACUAUGGUGUCAAGAACACAGCGCUUUAAGUAAUAGAAAGCAGAAAGUUAUUAUCAACGGUAAAAGUUCUUCCGGGUCACCUGUACUAAUGGGUGUCACUCAGGGCUCGAUUCUCGGCCCAUUCCUGUUUCUGGUGUAUAUUAACGACUUACCUUACCUUGUAGGGGAUAGUCAUGAUAUAGUAUUAUUUGCUGAUGAUACUUUCUUGAUUUUUAAACUUAAACGUCAAUCAUUUAAAUGUGACGAAGUGAAUAAUGCUAUAUCAAAAUUAGUGCAUUGGUUUAACGUUAAUAAUCUGCAUUUGAACGGAAAUAAAACUAAUUGUGUUAAAUUUCCAACAACGAAUGUUAAAAAUCUGAAUGCCAAUGUGUUUUUAAUUUUUAAAUGGGGAGGAACUGAGCCCUGUUGUAUCCAUUGUUUUUCUUGGCAUCACUCUCGACGCAAAGCUUCAGUGGGGCCCUCACAUAUCCAAAUUAGCAAGCAGACUACGUUCUGCAGCCUAUAAAAAAGAUUAGAGGUCUCACUAGUGUCGAGACAGCUAGAUUAGUUUAUUUCAGUUAUUUCCAUAGCAUAAUGUCUUAUGGGAUUUUGCUAUGAGGGAAUGCGGAUGGUUCAGAAACUAUUUUUGUUUUACAGAAGAGGGCCAUUAGAGCUAUUUACAAUCUAAAUCCGAGAGAGUCUCUUAGAGAUAAAUUUUAAAUAUAUUAACUUUGGCCUCUCAGUAUAUUUACGAAAAUUUAAUGUAUGUUCACAAAAACAAAGGUAGUUUUAGUAAAAAAAGUGAUAUACAUUCUGUAAACACUAGGAACAAACACAAGCUAGUGAUGCCAGUUUCUCGAGUCCACAGAGUCAGUAAUUCAUUCUUGGGGCAAUGUAUACGCUAUUACAACAAGGUCCCGGAAAGUGUACAGGCUCUCUCUAUUGCCAAGUUUAAAUGUUUUAUUAAGGUGAGACUGUAUAAAAAGAGUUAUUAUAGUAUAAAUUAAUACAUGUGUGAUAAUAACCCCUGGGAAUGCGGUGGUCGCUUCCAAGCAGUUUCUAAAAUAAAUUUUGUAAAUAGUUCGUAAUCAUUUAUAUUGUAAAAUUUAUUUAAAAAAGUCCCGCUGGGUUUCUUGCUGGUUCUUCCCAGGACACAGGGUUUUUUUCAAACCAGUGGUAAAGUAAAAAAUGACUUUCAAUAAGAAUUACACAUGUAAUGUAUAUUGAAUAAAAAAAUAUUCUAUUCUAUUCUAUUCUACUACUUAUUUACGACUACUCGACGAAUACAGUAAGACGAAUGUGUGGAUUAUGACCACGCCGACUGCAUUUCUGUUAACAGUUUCCCUUUCCGCAAAAUAGACACAACAGUUAAACAAUCGCAACGCUCAUAUAUGAUUCAUGGGACAAUUCUAAUUUCCCGAUGUUUAAAAGUGUCUCAACGUGUGAAGUGUUACCGUUGGUUCUAAUUUCUUUCUUAAAUUUUUCUAAAAAUUCAAUCAACGCCACACGUUUCGUCGUUUUGAAAUGACUAUUCAGAUUAGAAAAGUCGUUAUUUGGUUCGAAUUUCCUUCUAAUAAGAAUAAUUAAAACCCCGACUUCAAAAUGCGAAACUAUUUUAUUCUUUUUAGCUCUUUGAAGUUGGCUUUAUUUUUUAUUAUAAGUAAAUUUUUUAACUUUUUUGAAUGGACACAAUAAUAUAAUCACGGUCCCAUCGCCCAUGGUUCACCUACGUACGAUCUAUUAAUGUGGCUUUAUGUAGAUUUAAGAUAAUCAAAGACCAUUCAUUUUAUGAAUUUAUUGUUUUAUAUCAAAAAAAACUAAUAGUUUUUUUUUUGGAUAAAAUAUAGCCCAGAUCACUUUUGCCAUUACUAUCUGUUCGUGGAUCAUUAUUACAAUCAGUUUAUCCAUUCUAAAAAGUAGCCCGGGCAGACAGAUAGAAAUAAAUUUAAAAAUGGUUAUUCAUGUCUCAAUGGCAUCCAAAUAAAUCCAUAUCAAUAUCUGGCAGUUAUUUCAAUAUUACAGACAGACACUUCAAAUUUAUUUAUAUUUAUAAAUUAAUUUAUAUCGUUCAUUAUUUAAAAUUGUUUUUUCGGAUUAAAAACAAGUAAAACGUCGUUAAUGUGUGGUGUUCGGGUAAUUAUAAGAAAUCAUUUUGUAUCGUUCACGUUCUAGUGGACGAAGUCGACGGCGUAGAUGAAGACGACCCUGAUACUGAUGACUUCGACCGACUCCGCAGUGAACGAGAACAAAAACGCCGUGAGAAGUACCGCCAGAAACUCAUGGCUCGCUCUGUUAGCGCACAGCAGCCAACCGGCAGUCAAGAAUUAAUAGACAAUGUUCUGUUAUUAGAAGAACUACUUAUGCAGUCUGAAGCAUUGAAGAAAGAGCAACCUGAACAAUAUUCCAAAGAUGAAACCUUUUGACACAGUUUCAUAUUCCAAUGCGAUUAAGUUUUAAUUCAGAACUCAGUAUUAUCAAUUGUGAUACUUUACUAUUGUAUGUAUAUUUACUAUUUAGUAAAAAAUCAACGAAUCGAUGUAUUAUUUUUUAAGAUUAAUGUAAGUACAUGGAAAAGACAACAUAAAAAUAAAUUAUAUAGCUAU